UUUCGCUACGUCAAAAUGCCGAGAUUUGUGCGGUUAUCGCUGCAUUUGUGUGUCGCUCUAAGCAGCGCAAUCGCUUUGAGUUGUUUCGCAUUUCAAGUUGCGGCUCAACGUGACGCGAGCAACCGCGAUAUUGAAGGAAAAAUCAUACGCAAUGCUAAGGCAACCGAGGUACUCAAAUAUAUGAAUCUCUUAGCCGAUCCAUGCAAUAACUUUUACGAAUUUGCAUGCGGCAAAUGGCCAGAACAUCAGCCACAACUUGAAGAGGGUGACGCGCUAAUCUCAGUCCAAACACAGCUGAUUCAACGUGUACAAACAGAUGUACAACGGCUGCUCGAUGCAAUCAAUGCUAAGACCAACAGUAAACGCAAUGUAGACAAACGCAAAAUUAAAGAAUUCUACAUGUCCUGUUUGACAGUUGCGCGUUCGUCCGAUAUGCAGAAGAAUUUCCUAAUGAAUUUUGUUAAGGAAUAUAACGGCAUGCCUCUGCUUUCGGUCACCAACUGGAACAUCAAUUACGAUUGGGUGCAAGUAAUCGCGCGCUUACGUCUCAACUACGGUUUCGACUUUCUAAUUGGAAUGGACGUUGAAAAAAAGGGCCGAGCUGUCAUAUCUUUGACUGAACCGAAAACGACAUUGAUUCCGCGCAAUUUGUGUAGCGCUGGUUCCGCUCUGGAUGCGGACAAACGCGAUGCAAUCUCCGAACAAUUGCAGACGGAGGUGUCGAAGAAUUUACAAGCUUGGUUGGCGCUAAGAGCCGACGAAACGGAUCGCGUAGCUGGCGAUAUUAUACGUUUCGAGUUCGAGUUGUGCAGGUUUAUGAGGGAAGAAGAAUCGUUGCCACCGUCGAAAGAUAGCAAAUCCGAGCGAAUUGUCUACGAGGGACGAGAUUUGUCAGAUCUGUCGAAACAAUUUGGCAAUAUAAUCAAUUUCGGAAAGUAUUUGGAUAUAAGUCUGAAUACGAGCACUGCAAACGUGGAGAUUGUUAUGCAAUCGCCGAGAUAUUUUCAACAUUUGGCGCGUGUUGCCCGCAACAAUCCCAAGCCAACGCUGACCAAUUACAUAAUGUAUCGCGCCCUCUCCGCCAUCAACUUUCCUCGCGAUGAGGCCAAAUACCCGCCUGCACCGUAUUGCACAGAGCUCAUCAUGCGCUACUUCCCUAAAUUUAUUGGUCAGCUGUAUUAUUCGAGCACAAACAUUUCAUAUCAUCGUAGCGCGAUUCAAGCCGAUUUAGAGCAACUUUUUGGCACAAUCAAGGAGGCAUUGAGGGAGACUUUGAAUGUAGAUGGUUUGCCCGAGAAUGCGCGUCGAAUUUUUCAAAAUAAACUUAUGCUCUACGAAACGCUGUCUUUUCCCAAAAAUAAAAACGCCAAUCUGCGUGAUCUGCCAUCGCUGGAGCGUAGAAAUUUCUGGCUCAUGCAAGAUAUCGUCAUGAAAUACCGGGGCUACAAGGAGCAGCAACGUUUUUAUGGUGGCGAUGCUGAGGUAGAUGAAAAUAGCGUCGAAUACACGGAUAUACAAAUGAAGCUGGAGGAAAAUGGCAUCGUUACCGGUUGGGGUAUUUUACAUCCACCUUUCUAUGAUUAUGUCUAUGCGAAAUCUUUAAAGUAUGCCAUAAUCGGUCAACGCAUUGCACGUGAGCUGGUUGGCGCUAUGAUACCCGAUGAGGAAGAGACUGAGAUUACACGUGACGAAUCGGUUAUGGAAGCAUUCAAUAACAUAUCCGAGUGCUAUCGCAUGCAGUACAGCAACUUUUUAUACAACAUACCAAACGAAUUCUACAAUACCAGCAAAUUGCGUGAACUAAUGACGGAUAGUGCGGGCUUAAAUGUGGCCUUCAAAGCCUAUCUCGCAUGGCUGGAGUCGGUGGAUCCGAGCAAUCGCGAAAUUUUAAGGCGUGAAACUCUGCCCGGUGUUGACUUUACAAAUACACAAUUAUUUUUCAUCAGUUUUGCGCAAUCCCGUUGCUAUGCCAAAUACAUGAGUGAGCCGCCACCGACGUUCUUGCCCUUGGGCACACACACCGAAGAACUCUUCGACGUAAAUGGAGUGUUGGCAAAUAAUGUGGAGUUUGCGCGCGAAUUUGGAUGUACGCCAGGUGCGGAGAUGAAUCCUGAUGAAAAAUGUACGGUGUAUUAAAGUGAAAUUAAAUUUUAAGCAAACGUAUUGGUAUUUGAAAAUAUUGAAAAAUAAUGAAAAAAAUUGUGUUGCAUUUAUCAUAGAAAAAAAUAUAUAUUAAAAAUCUUAAUUUAAAAACUUAA